UUUUGAUGUUUUUAUUUUCUGCAAGAGAUGUACUGUGUGAGAAUAAGUGAAGCAUAAAUAACAUAUCACGCGCAAGUGGUGUUUCAAUCUGUGAAAACAUUCAGUUGCCCAAAUUAAAUUGAAAAGAUGACUUACCAUUACGUCGUAACUGCUCAUAAACCCACCGCAGUUACCGCGUGCGUUACCGGUAACUUUACAUCACCAAGUGACUUAAAUUUAAUUUUAGCUAAAAACACGAGAUUGGAGAUAUAUUUAGUUACACCAGAGGGAUUAAGACCCUUGAAGGAAGUUGGAUUAUAUGGAAAAGUAGCAGUAAUGAAAUUCUUUCGAGCACCGAAUGAGACUAAAGACUUACUGUUCAUUGUAACUGCAAGGUACAAUGCAAUGAUACUGGAAUGUGUUGGAGAAGGUGACAACCUGGAAAUAAUAACUAAAGCUCAUGGUAAUGUAGCAGACAGAAUAGGAAAACCUUCAGAGACGGGAAUAAUAGCUGUAAUUGAUCCAGAAGCCCGAGUUAUUGGUCUUCGUCUUUAUGAUGGCCUAUUCAAAAUAAUACCUCUUGAGAAAGACAACAGUGAGCUGAAAGCUUCAAGUAUAAGAAUGGAAGAACUACAGGUUCAAGACCUUAAUUUCCUCCAUGGUUGUCCAAAUCCUACAAUAAUACUGAUUUAUCAAGAUAUGAAUGGAAGGCAUGUAAAAACUCAUGAAAUAUCACUGAGGGACAAGGAAUUUGUGAAGAUGCCGUGGAAACAAGACAAUGUUGAAACAGAGGCUUCUAUGGUCAUCCCAGUUCCUGAACCACUAUGUGGUGCUAUCAUUAUAGGACAGGAGUCAAUUCUUUAUCAUGAUGGCAAUACAUAUGUGGCCGUUGCUCCACCUGUCAUCAAGCAAAGCACAAUAGUGUGCUAUGCGCAGGUAGACUCAAAUGGUUCCCGGUAUUUAUUGGGUGAUAUGGCUGGACACCUCUUCAUGUUGUUACUUGAACAAGAGGAGAAAAUGGAUGGAACAUUGACAAUAAAGGAUUUGAAAGUAGAAUUAUUAGGGGAGAUAAGUGUUCCAGAAUGUAUUACUUAUCUCGACAAUGGUGUACUGUUCAUUGGAUCUCGUCUUGGUGAUUCCCAGUUGAUAAAACUAAAUGUAAAUGCAGAUGAAAAUGGAUCUUAUGUCAGUACAAUGGAAACAUUUACAAAUUUAGCUCCUAUUCUAGAUAUGGUUGUGGUUGAUCUGGAACGACAAGGCCAAGGCCAGCUUGUAACAUGUUCAGGUGCCUAUAAAGAAGGAUCCUUAAGAAUUAUAAGAAAUGGUAUUGGUAUACAGGAACAUGCAUCAAUUGACCUUCCUGGUAUCAAAGGGAUGUGGGCAUUAAGAGUCGCAGCGACAGAUAAAUUUGACAAUACAUUGGUCUUGUCAUUUGUGGGACAGACAAGAGUGCUGACUUUAAAUGGUGAAGAAGUUGAAGAAACAGAAAUAACUGGUUUUGUGUCAGACCAGCAGUCUUUUUACUGUGGGAACGUGGAAUAUGACCAGAUUAUUCAAGUUACACCAGUAUCGGCUCGCCUCAUUGCAGUUGAUACAAAAUAUUUGAUACAUGAGUGGAAACCGCCAUCAGAUAAAACAAUAAGUGUUGUUGCCUGCAACACGUGUCAAGUCCUGUGUGCCACUGGAAGUGAUAUUUAUUACUUGGAAAUAUGUGAAAAUGAGUUAGUACAAAAACGGAAUGUUACUUUGGAGCAUGAAGUUGCUUGUUUAGACAUAACACCACUGCAAGAAGGCUGCAAAAAGGCAGAGAUAGCUGCAGUGGGCCUUUGGACUGAUAUAACGGCUCGAAUAUUCAGGCUGCCAGGUUUAGAAGAAGUUAAUAGAGAAUACUUAGGAGGAGAAAUUAUACCAAGAUCAGUACUGAUGACCUGCUUUGAAGGAGUGAAUUACUUGUUGGUUGCAUUGGGAGAUGGCUCAAUGUACUACUUUUCACUUAACAAGCAGACAGGUCUGCUAACUGACAAAAAAAAGGUAACCUUAGGGACACAACCAACAGUGUUGAGAACUUUUAGGUCACUGUCAACGACAAAUGUUUUCGCGUGUUCUGACCGGCCAACUGUUAUUUAUUCAUCAAAUCAUAAAUUAGUAUUCUCAAAUGUAAAUCUCAAAGAAGUAAACCAUAUGUGCUCCCUUAAUGCAGAAGCAUAUCCUGACAGCUUAGCAUUAGCAACAGACAGUACUGUUACAAUUGGCACAAUAGAUGAAAUACAGAAACUUCACAUUAGGACAGUACCUCUGGGUGAAUCACCACGGCGUAUUGCUUAUCAAGAAAGCUCUCAGACGUUUGGUGUAAUCACUAUGCGGAUUGAUAUACAAGACUCACCAGGCCUUACACCUGUCCGGCCAAGUGCAAGUACACAAACGCAAAGCACAACUUCAUCAUCCAUCCUUGGGUCUCUCUCACUCGUAAAGCCUGGAGCAUUGGGUUCUGCCAAUUCAGCUGCUGAUUUUGGCCAGGAGGUGGAAGUACACAACCUCUUAGUGGUUGAUCAACAUACAUUUGAAGUUCUUCAUGCGCAUCAGUUUAUGCAGGGAGAAUAUGCACUCAGCCUUGUGUCAAGCAAACUAGGAGAUGAUCCAAAUACUUAUUAUAUUGUUGGCACUGCACUCGUGAAUCCUGAAGAGAGUGAACCAAAGCAAGGUCGCAUUAUAUUGUUCCAUUAUCAAGAUGGGAAACUCACUCAGGUUGCAGAGAAAGAAAUAAAGGGAGCAUGUUAUUCUCUAGUCGAAUUCAAUGGACGGUUGCUUGCAAGCAUAAAUAGCACAGUACGUCUUUACGAAUGGACAGCAGAGAAAGAGUUAAGACUGGAGUGCAGCCAUUUCAAUAACAUAAUUGCAUUAUUCCUUAAAACAAAAGGCGAUUUUAUUUUGGUCGGUGACCUGAUGCGAUCAAUGACUCUGUUACAAUACAGGACAAUGGAAGGCAGUUUCGAAGAGAUGGCAAGAGAUUACAAUCCGAAUUGGAUGACAGCUGUUGAGAUAAUAGAUGAUGACACAUUCCUUGGUGCUGAAAAUUCAUUCAAUCUAUUUGUUUGUCAGAAAGACAGUGCUGCCACAACAGAUGAAGAACGCCAACAAAUGCAAGAGGUUGGUCAGUUUCAUCUAGGAGACAUGGUGAAUGUAUUUAGACAUGGAUCUCUUGUUAUGCAGCACGUAGGGGAAACAACCACACCAACCCAAGGCUGUGUUUUGUUUGGAACUGUAAGUGGGGCAAUUGGUUUGGUUACUCAGAUCCCAAAUGAUUUCUACGAAUUCCUGCAUGAACUUGAGGACAAAUUAACACAUGUCAUUAAGUCUGUUGGCAAAAUCGACCAUGGAUUCUGGAGGAGUUUCAAUACUGAUACUAAAACAGAACCCUGUGAGGGAUUCAUAGAUGGAGACCUUGUGGAGAGUUUCCUUGAUCUGUCACAUGAAAACAUGAAGGAAGUUGCAGCUGGUUUACAGAUUGACACUGGAAGUGGAAUGAAACAGGAAGCAACAGUGGAUGACCUUGUGAAAAUAGUUGAAGAUCUUACUAGAAUUCACUGAUUCAUUUUGGAGUGAUUCUAAUUAUUAAGCUAUUGAUUCACUGGAAGCUGUAAGUGCUCAAGUGACUUCCAGUGAGAAAUAUGCUUCAGACAUAGGUCAGAAUUAGUUGGACAAAGACUGCUUACCGUUUUUCCUGGUUUCAUUACUGAGCAGAAAGAGAGAAUGUGAAUAUUAGAUGACCAUGACCUUUGCCUCUGUACAGAAAACUAUCCUACAGUAUUUUUUUUUCUUUUUCUGUGCAUGAUUUGUAAAAAAUGAAAGCUGCAUGUUGGCAAAGGACUUGAGUGCAGCACACAGUGGUACACUUCAUCUGGAGAAGAAGAGGAAAUAACUGAAGACUUUCUUUAUUUUUCAUCGUCAUCAAUCAUUCUGUAUACAUAGUAAUAUAUGUGUUAUUUUUAAAUUGAAGUGUACUAAAUAAAAUCCGUAAUCUUA